CCGCUGCCCAACCAGCCAAGAGACAAUGACACUGGUUCGGGUGCCAAGAUCCAUCUGCACGGACAAAGUACCCUUUGCCCGCCCCCUCGCCGAGAGUGUUGGUCCACGCCGUAUCGCACAUUACCGAGAAUACUUCAACAGAAUUCCAGGGCGUCAUAGGCAUUGCGCUGGAUACGGCGAAGAUCCCGCCUGAACUCAAUUGCUUCGUGGCAUUCGUCAAACGUGUGUCGACCGUCACGCGUCUCUUUGCACCACGUACAGAACUUGCCCUCAUUCCGGGCCUUCUCAUCGUCGCGCGUGGACGGGUCGCCUCGUGCGGGCAUUGAGACAGGUAAUGGAACGUAUCCACAGGGGCAGCAGCUGUAGGACAGAAUCUCUUUGGCCAUGCAGGCGCUUUCGGUGUGACCGAUUUUCUCACAUCUGCCACACUGAAUGGUCUUCUGCACUUGGUUUCGACGUUGGUCAUGAUCCUCGUGUUGGUCGAACUGAUGAUUCCGGCCCGAGUAAUGAUUCUGAUUUUGAUCGUACUAGUACCUUGGAUGCCUUUGAUUCCGCGUAUACUUCUGAUUUGGAUGCUGCUUAUUAUGUGGCUUUAUUUCCCGUUGCCUACCUGGGUUGUAUCGGCUGGGCUGUCCUCGAAAAUUGCCUCUAUCCUGAUUGUUCCUUUGCUGAUCCUGGGUAUGUCCAUCUCGGCCUCGUCCUCGGCCCCGUCCUUGUUUCCCCAUGGCUGUCCACCUUGAGCAUAGGCUCUUCUUAAUGUAGCUGUUGGACAUCUCUUGUCGAAAGCCACCACGCCGCGUGGCUUCAGACCUGGCUGGGAGCUGACAACGCAUAAAUCAAAGGUACGAUCGCGCCUUGAGCGGGAUCAAGAGUCGAUUCGAUGCACGAGAGGUACAAAUCGGCGUCGGUAGAGUCUUCCAAGGCAUCCUGGAGGUUAUUCACGGUGGGCAAGUCACUACAAUCUGAGGAACAAACAGCUCCUACGAGGUUUUGUGCUAGUCUGCGCAGACAAUGUCGACUAUGUGUUGUUUCCGUCGGCCGACGAUGCUAGCAAAGAACGUAGAUGGC